GGGAGCGGGAAUCAAGGGUUGUCUGCGCUGGUGAGGCCUGGCGACUGGGCGGGCGUACAGCCCCGACUCCAGGGACCCUGCACGCGCUGCCGCCCGCCUCCACCCUGGCCGCGCCCCCAGCCUCCCUUUCUAUUCUGAGAGGCCCCGGCCGGCAGCCUUUCCCGGCCCUGCAAGGGGACCCCGAGGACGCGUGCAAGGCCGCAAUGUGAAGUGAAGCCGGGGUGAGGUGUUUUCUCACAUGCUGGGGGCCCGGAGUUGAGAAGGGGUCGGCAUGGCCAGCAUCACCCAGCUCUUCGAUGACCUGUGUGAGGCCCUCCUGCCUGCUGCCAAGACUCACCUGGGCCAGCGCAGUGUGAACCGGAAGAGGGCAAAGCAGAGCCUCAAGAGGGUGGCCUACAAUGCUCUUUUCACAAAUCUUUUUCAAGAUGAGAUGCAUCAGCUGCAGCCUGACCUGUCAAAACUCCCAGUGAGAAACAAGAUCCUCAUGUUGUCCUUUGACUUGAGAGUGGGUGGCCUGGGCCUGGAGGCAGACCGUUUGGAGGAGCUUGUGGAGGAGCUUGAAGCAGCCCCUUGCUGUCCGCUUGUGGAGGUGGGCUCUGUUUUGGAUCUCCUGGUUCAGCUGGCGGGGAGUGGUCCCCCUCAAGUACUGCAAAGAAAGCGGGGCUACUUCCUUAACAACAAGCAUGUUGGGAGAAAUGUUCCGUAUGGCGGAUACGAUUGCUGUGACCUGAAUGUGUUUGAGAUGGACAUUCAGUCUUUGAUCUCCAGAGAGGAAUCUUUGUGUCACAGCAUGAUCCAGGAAACACUUCAGGUGAUGGAGGCUGCCCCAGGCACUGGCCUGCCCACCGUUGGGCUCUUUUCGUUUGGUGACCCUUGUAGUGACAGAUUUGAGAGAGACACCCGGGUCUCGCUCUUUGGUGCCCUUGUGCACAGCCGCACUUACGACAUGGAUGUCCGACUGGACCUGCCCCCGGUGCCAGACAGUGCAGAUGUCUCGGGACUGGCCAUUAAGGUUCCUCAGAGUGCGGAUCAGUGGGAGGAUGAAGGGUUCCAGUCAGCGUCCAAUUUGACGCCUGAUUCCCAGUCUGAACCGACCGUGACCCCAGACGUGGACCUGUGGGAGGCUGCGCUCACGUAUGAGCCCAGCAAGCGGAGGUGCUGGGAACGAGUUGGAUGCCCCCCUGGCCACAGAGAGGAGCCCUACCUCACAGAGGCGGGCAGGGACGCCUUCGACAGGUUCUGCCGGCUCCGCCACGGGGAGCUGCAGCUGCUCAGCGGGGGCCUCCUGCAGGCCCCGCAGCCCGUGCUGGUGAAGGAGUGCGAGCUGGUGAAGGAUGCACUGAACGUCCUCAUUGGGGUCGUGUCCGCCACCUUUUCCCUCUGCCAGCCGGCCCAGGCCUUCAUGGUGAAGCGUGGCGUCCACGUGUCAGGAGCAUCUCCCGAGAGCGUCGGCAGCCUUCUCUCGGAGGUGGCGGAAUACGGGACCCACUACACGCGCCUGAGUCACUUCUCCCUGCAGCCCGUCCUCGACUCCUCCUACAGCAAGGGCCUUGUGUUCCAGGGCCAGCACCUGUGUGCAGAGCCCGGACACCCUUUUCCAGCAUCACCCCGGGACCCCGGAGGAGUUGCAGCGCCAGGCUUUGCUGUGGGCCUGUGGCUUCCCGUGAGGGGUCCUUGCUUCUGGCCUGGCUGGGUGGCUGGACUUAACCCACAGGUGCCCACUGUGUGGGAGUCGGAGCCCCAGGGCCGAGGCGCAGAAGCAGAGCCCCUCCCCAGCACUGGUGCGCGUUCAGGCCCUGAGCCCACGGCCUUGUCCGUGUGCGCGGCCACUCUUCUCCUGGCCCCUUGCCCACAGGCCUUCACCAGCGGCCUGCGCAGGUACCUGCAGUACUACCGGGCCUGCGUUCUCUCCACACCGCCCACCCUGAGCCUCCUCACCAUCGGCUUUGUCUUCAAGAAACUGGGCCGGCAGCUCAGGUACCUGGCUGAGCUCUGUGGCGUGGGCACUGUGCUCCCGGGAGCCAGUGGAGGAGGGCCCAGGGCUGCGUUCCCCACGGGGGUGAAGCUGCUGUCCUACCUGUACCAGGAGGCGCUGGAUAACUGCAGCAACGAGCACUACCCCGUGCUGCUGUCCUUGCUGAAGACCAGCUGCGAGCCCUACACGCGGUUCAUUCACGACUGGGUGUACAGUGGGGUCUUCAGAGAUGUUUACGGCGAGUUCAUGAUCCAGGUGAACCACGAAUACCUGGGCUUCAGAGAUAAGUUUUACUGGACCCACGGCUACGUGCUCAUUUCCAAAGACGUGGAGGACUGCGUACCUGUGUUCCUGAAGCACAUUGCCUAUGACGUGUACGUCUGCGGCAAGACCAUCAACCUGCUGAAGCUCUGCUGCCCCCGGCAUUACCUCUGCUGGUCUGACACCCCCGUUCCCCGCAUCUCAGUGAUUUUCUCCCUCGAGGAGCUGAAGGAGAUUGAGAAGGACUGUGCCGUCUACGUGGGGCGGAUGGAGAGGGUGGCUCGCCACAGCUCCAUCAGCAAGGAGGAGAAGGAAUUACGUAUGGAAAUUGCAAAACAAGAGCUAAUUGUCCAUGCCCGGGAAGCAGCAUCCAGGGUGCUGAGUGCGCUGAGUGACCGGCAGAUGUCAGAACAGAUGGCCUUGGACGCCCGGAAGCGAGAGCAGUUUCAGAGGCUGAAGGAGCAGUUUGUGAAGGACCAGGAGCGACGCCUGGCGGCCAGACAGGAGGAACUGGAUGAUGACUUCAGCUACGCCCGCGAGCUCCGCGACAGAGAGCGAAGGCUGAGGGCCCUGGAGGAGCAGCUGGAGAGGAAGGCCAGGCAGGCGCUGGUGGACCAUUACAGCAAGCUGUCUGCAGAGGCGGCCCGGCGGGAGCAGAGGGCCCUGUGGAGAAUCCAGCGGCACCGACUGGAAAGUGCGCGGCUUCGUUUCCUCUUGGAAGAUCAGAAACGCAUUCAGGGGCUGCUGAAAGACGCGUCGGAGGUCCAGACGCCCCAGGAGCCGCCGGCCGCCCGCCCGCGUGCUCCCUCCCAGGCCACGUCUCCGGGCCCUGAGCACCCAGAUGGAGGCCGAGGCUGUGAGUCCAGGCUCCGAGAGCAGCACGGGGCUGCCUGGGAUUGCUCAAGCAGGCCGGGCACGCCGGCGCCAGCGCUCCUGGGCGCUGUAGCAAUGGGAGCUGGUGGCGUGGGGCCCCGGCAGGUGGCGGGGGCUGAGCAGCCUGUGCAGACCGGCGAGGUCCCACUCCUCGAGGAAGUGCUACGGACCAUCAGCUCAGACCUGCCCUCCUCGGCUCCUGGGGAGACACGCGUAGCAGCCGGUGCUCAGCCCCCCGGGCCACAGGAGUACGACUUCAGCAGCGUCCUGAGGCCAGCUGUGGCCCCCGCGCCUUCGCCAGGGCCCUUCCUGGCUGUAGAGGGCCGCUCGGGCCGCUCAGAGCAGCCGGUACGGGGGGACACUGGAGUGCAGCCAGAUGCACAUGUCCCUGACACACACGUGGCUCUGCCUCAGCCACAGCCACCCAGGCAUGUCCGUCCUGAGGAGGGCAGCCGGCCCACAGAGCAGCUCCUCGGGCACCUGUCAGGGGGUGGUGUUCCCUCAGAAGGAUGCGCUUCUGGGACAGCUCCCUCCCGGCCAUGCUGGGACAUCCACAGACACGUGUCGGACACCAGCAUCGGGGUUGGGGAGAACGUGUCAGACGUGGCUCCCUCCCGGCCAUGCUGGGACAUCCACAGACACGUGUCGGAUGCCAGCAUCGGGGUUGGGGAGAACGUGUCAGACGUGGGUCCCUCCCGGCCACGCUGGAACAUCCACGGACAUGUGUCGGACGCCAGCAUCGGGGUUGGGGAGAACGUGUCAGACGUGGCUCCCUCCCGGCCACGCUGGAACAUCCAUGGACACGUGUCGGAUGCCAGCAUCGGGGUUGGGGAGAACGUGUCAGACGUGGCUCCCUCCCGGCCACGCUGGAACAUCCAUGGACAUAUCUCUCAGUCCCACCUGGUGCUGGGGCCACUGUCACCAGAAGCUGAGCCCAGCAUGCCCAUGCCCCACCGGAGCCCCCCUGGCCAGUUGUCCCGGGCAGGCCUCAGCCUGGGGGCACCGAGCCCUGCCCUGGAACGUGGGCCACAGUCCCCUGUGGACACGGUGCUGUCAGUCUGCUCCUCUGGCUCAGGCAGCGGGGAAGAGAGCAGCCUCCAGACCACGCCCUCUGCCGUGGCCAGGCCCGACGCUCUGGGAAACGGUGUCCCCGAGGAGCCAGGCCCAGGGAGGAGUGGAGGCGCUGAGGACCUCUCUCUGAGUCGGCCUCUGAACCCACAGGAAGACACAGCUGGCCCGAGAAGCCCAGGCUCUGGCAAGGAGGAGGCGGACGCAGAGGCGGAGGCGGAGGCCCUGCGCUGGGGCCGGGAGCAGGCCUACCUGGCAGGCCUGGCCAGGCAGUACCCCCUGGAGCAGUACCCAGACAGCUACGAGUGCAUGUCGGAGCCUCCUGCCGCUCACCUGCUGCACCACGUGCGUCCGCGGGCCUUCGCCUUCCCCGUGGACCCCCAAGUCCAGUCGGCCGCAGACGAGACUGCGGUGCAGCUGAGCGAGCUGCUGACACUGCCGGUGCUCAUGAAGCGCUCCAUCACCGCCCCGCUGGCCGCCCACAUUUCCUUGGUGAACAAGGCCGCGGUCGAUUACUUCUUCGUGGAGCUGCACCUGGAGGCGCACUGUGAGGCCCUGCGGCACUUCCUGCUGAUGGAGGACGGCGAGUUUGCCCAGUCCCUCAGCGACCUGCUCUUUGAGAAGCUGGGGGCUGGCCAGACGCCGGGGGAGCUGCUCAACCCGCUGGUCCUCAACUCCGUCCUGAGCAAGGCCCUGCAGUACAGCCUCCACGGGGACAGCCCGCACGCCGCCAACCUCUCCUUCGCCCUCAAGUUCCUGCCUGAGGUGUUCACGCCCAACGCCCCAGACGUGUUGAGCUGCCUGGAGCUCAGGUACAAGGUUGACUGGCCCCUCAACAUGGUCAUCACCGAGAGCUGCCUGGGCAAGUACAGCGGCAUCUUCUCCUUCCUGCUGCAGCUGAAGCUCAUGAUGUGGACGCUCAAGGACGUCUGCUUCCACCUCAAGCGCACAGCCCUGGUGAGCCACAUGGCCAGCUCCGUGCAGUUCCGGCAGCUGCAGCUGUUCAAGCACGAGAUGCAGCACUUCGUCAAGGUCAUCCAGGGCUACAUCGCCACCCAGAUCCUGCAUGUUACCUGGUGCGAGUUCAGGGCCAGGCUGGCCGCGGUGCGUGACCUCGAGGACAUCCAGCGCGCCCAUGCCGAGUACCUGCACAAGGCUGUCUUCAGGGGGCUCCUAACAGAGAAGGCGGCGCCCGUCAUGAACAUCAUCCACAGCGUCUUUAGCCUCGUGCUCAAGUUCCGCAGCCAGCUCAUGGCCCAGGCCUGGGGCCCGGCCGGGGGCCCUCGGGGCGCCGAGCACCCCAACUUUGCCCUCAUGCAGCAGUCCUACAGCACUUUUAAGUACUACUCUCACUUCCUGUUCAAAGUGGUGACCAAGCUGGUGAACCGCGGCUACCAGCCCCACCUGGAGGACUUCCUGCUGCGCAUCAACUUCAACAACUACUACCAGGACGCCUGAGGGCCUGCUCCAUGGGGACGUGAGGAAUAAAGGUGCCCUUGGCCUAUCA